AGCUCGGGGGGGGGGGGGGGGGGGGGGGNGGGUUGGGGAGUGUCUCCCUCCUCUCUCUCUCCCUCUCUCUCUCUCUCUGGAGGAAGGAACUGUUGCAAUUGCAACGAACCAGAUACUCAGGGGGUCGACGUUGGACUCGAUGGCGCGAAGCGCAGUCCACGUGGCAACGGCCAACGGGACAGGAACGGCGUCGCCGAGUUCGAGCGAUGGGCCGUCCAUGCUGACGUCGAUGGGAGCGGCAGACAUGGCUGGAGAUAGAGACAGGGUAGGAGGAGGAGGAGGAGGAGGUGUUCGUGCGGGCAGCGGUCAAGGUCAAGGCAAAGGGGCGAAGGGAUUGACGACGGGAGGAGGUGGCGGUGGCGGCGCGGGGGUUUACUCAUCUUCCUCUCCCGUCUCGACUCUAGAUGUGCAGCAGGUGACAGUGACGACGGGGGGGGGAAUGAUACUGGCUACCCCCGGGCGAGGGAGCGAUGAUGCUAUGGCGGCGGGGGGGGCUAUGGCGGGCGGGGAGACGACGCCGUCGGGGACGGCGAGAUCUCCACUUACGUCUUCCACCUCCGCCACCGCCGGGGCCACGGCCGCCGCAGGCGGCGGUGGCGCGAGCGCACCCCCCGAGGCGGCGGUCAAUGGCCACUCCGCGGGGGGGUUCCACACCUCAGCGGCCAUGGCGUCGCUGUCGCUUUCCAACGGGGAAGAAGCGCCGUCCUCCGCCAAGCCGCGGCGCAAAAACGUUUCCCUCCCUCUCGAUAUUAACACCCGCGUGCUCUGCAAGUGGAGAGACGACAAGUUCCACCUUGUGAAGAUCAUAGAGAAGCGGAAAACCGGGAGCAGCCCCAGCGAUUACGAGUAUUACGUGCACUACACGGAGUUUAACAGGAGGCUGGACGAAUGGGUGACCUUAGAUCAGCUGAGUCUGGAGUCGGUGGAGACUGGAGGGGAGGAGAAGCCUGACGACAAAGUGGCCGUGUCCCAUCUUCCGUCACGUGGCCACGCAAGCACGACGAAGAUGACACGUCAGCAGAAGCGGAAGAUAGACGAGACCCACGUGGAAGAAGGACACGAGGACUUCGACGCAGCCAGUUUGCGAGAGCACGAGGAGUUCACCAAAGUGAAGAACAUCAGCCGAAUCGAGUUGGGGAGGUACGAGGUGGACACGUGGUACUUUUCCCCCUUCCCGCCAGAAUUCAGCGACUGCAGCAAGCUGUUUUUCUGCGAGUUUUGCCUUAGUUUCUUGAAAAGGAGAGAGCAACUCUCUAGGCACAUGAAGAAGUGCGAUCUGAAGCACCCCCCUGGAGACGAGAUCUACAGAAACGGGACCCUUUCCAUGUUCGAGGUCGACGGCAAGAAGAACAAAGUCUACUGCCAGAACCUCUGCUAUUUGGCCAAGCUAUUCCUGGAUCAUAAGACUCUGUACUACGACGUCGAUCUUUUCCUCUUCUACAUCUUGUGCGAGUGUGAUGACAGAGGGUGCCACAUGGUGGGGUAUUUCUCUAAGGAGAAGCAUUCGGAAGAGGGGUACAAUCUUGCUUGCAUUCUGACUCUGCCACCGUACCAACGCAAAGGAUACGGCAAAUUCUUGAUCGCCUUUUCGUACGAGCUGUCCAAGAAAGAGGGGAAAGUGGGGACCCCAGAGAGGCCUCUGUCGGAUCUCGGCUUGCUCAGCUACAGAGGCUACUGGACUAGGGUUCUGUUGGACAUCCUCAAGAAACACAAGGGCAACGUGUCCAUCAAGGAAUUGAGCGACAUGACGGCAAUCAAGACGGAGGACGUGAUCAGUACGCUUCAGUCUCUUGAACUCAUUCAGUACAGGAAGGGGCAGCAUGUCAUUUGCGCGGAUCCGAAGUUGUUAGAUCGGCAUCUCAAGGCGGCUGGACGGCCAGGAUUGGAAGUCGAUCCGUCCAAGCUUAUUUGGACCCCAUAUAAAGAGCAAGGGGGAUGAGAAGCUUAUUACUAUUUUGCGCCCUCCCGCAAUUCUAGGGUUUUCAUUCGACCAGACUGAUUCGAAGGGGCUGAUCCCACACACUACUUAGGAACAACAAGAAUCCUCCCAGGACCGAAGAACGUGGACCUGUUUUUUCUUCGGUCCUGGUUUUACGCCGCCUCUGAGCAAUAUUUCAAACCCUGGUUCCUUUUUUCAAGCAUAUUCUUUUUGCUCCAGGGGUACUGCUCUGCUCCGCUACGAGCCAAAGGGUUCCGAUCGCGAUCCCCAUUGCUGAUCCCGAUCCGCAUCCCGAUCCGAUCCCGCUGCCCGUCCCGAUCCCCAUCCUGAUCCCGCUCCCGAUCCCGGUCCGGUUGCUGCGCAGCACUCUAGCAAGCCAGGAAUGAUAUGCGAUCUUGGCCCGCGCACGAUGGUCCGUCCGUCAUGCUGCCGCCUGCCUACGCUCUGCUCUGCUCUGCCCUGCUUCGAGCUCGGAUUUGUAAUCUGAUCUGCUGCUAUCUUCCAGGUCCAUUCUCUUGGUGCGGAUGCCCCAAGUCGUGAUGUCCAGCUUAUUGAUCCUGGUCCGGAUCCUCGUCCAGGGUCCUGAUUUUGGUCCUGAUUUUGGUCCUGAUUUAGGUCCUGAUUUUGGUCCUUGUGCUAGUAGGGACAAUCUGUUCUGAUUCUGGAUUCUGGACCUGGUGCUGGCCGGUCGAGGUGGCAUUCAGUGCCGAAAACCUCGAUCAUGGCAAGUAGAAUUGGGACUCACACUCACGUCAGGAACUUUUCAACUGAACUCUGGAGGUAAUUGCGGUCAGAUACGUCUACCACCUCCAGUAGUUACGGGCAGAUACAUCUUGUAAAGUCCUUCAGUAGUGCGGGUUUACUCUGAGACGGAUGGUUUCAUUCCCGGCAUAGAUGGUCCAAGACCGCGCGCAGAUUUUGACACGAGUGCUGACACUUAGGGGAGAUUUUGGAGAGCUGCUGGUUGUCCAUCCCACCUCUUCCCCCCCCCUCCCCCCCCCUCCUCCCCCCCUCUCCUCCCCCCCACCCUGAUCGGUUUCUUGUCGGGGGAGGGAAUGUGAAAUGCCAGCUGUACUGUCACAACUGUCGCUUUGGGUUCGGAUCGUUGGCGAGGGUUUUCCUCCUCCUCCUCCGCGUGGGGCUCCUGAGAGAGACUGCUCCGACAUGUUAGCCUCUGCUUCCAAUCUCUCUUCUCUUGCCGGUUAAGUAGUCGUGGCGCUGGCGCCUUAGGACGGGCACUUGACUGAUGAGCACGUCUCGUCCUGUCGACCACUUACUGGGCUCAACAAGGGGAGAGUUCUAACGGUGUACUCUCGAGGACGAAAGGGACACAAUACAAACGAAGCAGCAGAGAAAAACUUCGCGUUGGCCUGAAGGCGUUCGAGCGAUGCUAUUCGUAUGGAUAUAACUGCCAAGUGGGGAUCCCAGGAUGUAUCUCCGUGCUGGAAUUUGGGGGGACUUCAUCUAACGGACUCGCACACGACGAACGGCUGGAUCUGAUUGAUGCACGGAUCAGUCAGCUGCCGAAUGAGUCUGAUUGCGACGGUACCAGAGCUGUGAAGUCUAUAUACAUAUACAUAGAGACUAGGAAAGGACCGUGUGGUCACCUCGGGUACCCUCUCAAACCGGUAGACGGACUUGGCCAGAUCU